AUGGAAUCCAUAGUUAGAGCCCACCAGCACGUUAGCAUCAAUUCGUCGACAUCCGGUGCGUACAAUGUCGUUUGCAAAAAAUGCAUUUCCUCGCCUAAAUUCGCACACUUCGAUGAUUUUUUGAACCAUAGUCAUGCUGAGCAUGGACCCACAGUGCGACGUAGCGCGCUCUCGAUCAUAACGGAAAACACACUUAUAUCGGCAGGCGGCAGUAUUUCCCACCUGAGCACGGGCAGCUGCCUUAGCACAACCCUCACCGGCUCUUCACACUCCAACGACUUGUCCACCACAAACACUGACAACGAAUUCGACUUGCGCACGCUCAAGCGGCAAUGCAUGCUAGACGUCAUUGAGCUGCUAAAUAAAUGUUUCUGCAUCUGGCAUCGUCCAACUCGCGCCUCCGUGCCGCGUAGCGAACGACUGCACGCCUAUCAGCUGGUGCUGAUGAGGCUGCGCGAGCAUCUGCCCUUCGCCACCUUUCGCGAUGCGCGCAGCAUUGUGCGACAAAUAAUACGCGGUUAUCUGCGCAAGCAGCGGCUGAGUGAAGGUGAUGUCAUAACGCACAGCGCGCGCCUAAACGUGGAUCAACACGACGACGACGCUGACAACUGGCAGCUGGAGCGCCAACUAGAUGCCAUAAAAUCGCGCAUCAUUAUGGAUAGACUAGCCUUUUUGCGGGGCUGUGAUGACAACGAUGUGGAGGAACUCGUCGCCGACAAGCUUUGCUCCUUCUGCAACAUUGGCUUCCACAAUACUGAGACACUGUGGACUCAUAUGGUCAGCGCUCAUCUGCCUGCGCACAAACAAGAUCGCAGUGGCUGCAGUGCAGCUGACACCAUGGCCACUGAGUCCACGCUUACAUUGAGCCGCAAGCGUUCGCGUAGUCAUAUUUCACGUUCGACAUUCGAAAAUAGUACGGAUGUCACACAGCAGUCGUACUCGGGCUCGGAGCCCUCUUCCUUGAGACGUAGUCGCCGUAGAAGACGAGGCAUCUGGCGGAAUGGACAACGCGUGCGUUCGAAAAAUAAGGUGGUGGGUUUGAAGAGGAUCCGGCAACGUCGCCGCACGCGAAGUAAAAGUGGCGCAGACGAUGUAAGUGUGGCUUCGCAGCAAUCGAAUCUCUACCUCGCCGACUAUAGUGACAAAUUCCUAGAGGAGUUCAUCGAUCUCUACCGCCAGCAGGAGUGUCUGUGGCAACGCGACUCCCGCACAUAUCGCAACCGCAGACUCAGAGCAGCUGCCUACGAUGUGUUGCUCAAGAAAUACUGCCAAGCGCGCCAGGUUUCUUCCGUGAGCCUCAACAAAAUCAAAUCCCUUAUACGCCGCAUGCGCAACUACUAUGUUCGCCUGCAACAGCCAAAUGCUAAUCCUUACCGCAGCCACAUUUGGCAACGAAUGUCCUUCAUCGAUCAGUGUCGCACGCCACCGGCACGCAAUAGGCACAGCAGCAAAAGCAAUGAUAUCCGUCAUACGGACUACGAUUGCACUGUCUGUCUGCGUAGAUUCAAGCGCGCCAAGUCUUUUGCUUCGCACAUGCUGAAGACACAUCCGCCCACUGAAUGUCCACCCUGUAGCGAGACCUUCAACAAUGCCGAUGAGCUGGUGCGGCAUUUGCUCUUCAUACAUCGCAAGGAUACGGACUGUCCACUUUGUCAGGAUGGAGAAAAUGAGUGGAAGUCCUCGGCUCAUCUCAACAAACACUUCUUCGAGCAUCGGUGCCCCAACUGCGCUGAGAUGUUUCGAGAUAUCAUCAACUAUCGUCGUCACCGCUCCAAGUGCCGCAAUAUAAAUCGAUUCCGUUGUGAGCACUGCAGCUCGAAGUUCACCAGCACUAUGGACUUUCGGCGUCACGCAAAAGCUAGCCACCAAGAUGAGCGGCCAUUCAAGUGUAAUGAUUGCGAAACCACCUUCAAGUAUUUGGCGCCUUUGGCUAAGCAUCGAAGACUACACAAGCGAAUGAAGCGCCGCUAUUCGGCGUAG